AUGGAAUCACCAGCUUCAUCACCGGAACAAGUCCCCGAACGAUUCGUGCAAGAUCAGAUUCCCGACUGGAAUGAAUCACGACUUAAUUCCAACGAGGAGACACUGGACCAGGCAAAUCUUUCAUCAUUAAGAGAUCUGAAUUUUAUUGGAGAUGAUUUGCCCGCGUUCGUGGCAGGUCAGGGAGAUCUCACUAGCCUUAUGGAUGAUAGCACCGCCUUCCUCUGA